AGACUUACUUUUUUAAUGAAUAAGGGAUAUAUGAUGCAGUAAGUGAAUAUAUUUGGGGGUUUUUGUGCUUUCUGGUUCAUAGGCGGGCUUACUCCUGUCCAUUUGAUGUCUUCUGUCCUUUGAGUCUGACGAUCACCGUUAGGCCCACCCAGAGAUCGUGAAAAGUCUUUGAAUCAAGCCCUUUCUUGUGAAAACACAAUUUCUAGUUACUGUUCUAGAGAAUGGAGCUCUUGCCACCGACACUACAGAUUGUCUUCAAAACUUAAACUGGGUUAAAGUGAAUAAUUUUUACCUGGAGUUCGUCUGCUUUUCAGUUGACUCUACAAGCAUUGAGUUGGGAUUUUCCCUCUUGGUAUCCAAUGGCUUUCUUUACUGGGCUCUGGGGUCCUUUCACCCAUGAAAGCAGAGCACUCAGCCAGCGCUGUUUCAGCACCACCAGGACCCUCAGUGCAAUUCAGAAGAUGACGCGCGUGCGUGUGGUGGACAACAGUGCCCUGGGGAACACCCCGUACCAUCGCCCUCCCCGUUGCAUCCAUGUCUAUAACAAGAGUGGGGUGGGCAAGGUGGGCGACCAGAUACUGCUGGCCAUCAAGGGACAGAAGAAAAAGGCGCUCAUCGUGGGGCAUUGCAUGCCCGGUCCUCGGAUGACCCCCAGGUUCGACUCCAAUAAUGUGGUCCUCAUUGAAGACAAUGGGAACCCUGUGGGGACCCGAAUUAAGACACCCAUCCCCACCAGCCUACGCCGGAGAGAAGGCGAGUUUUCCAAGGUUUUGGCCAUUGCUCAGAACUUUGUGUGAGCAGAGCCCGGGCUGCUGGCGGCAGUGGGGCUCAUGAAUGGAGCAGUUCCAAAAACUGCGCCUUUGUUGACAGGGACCUUGGGGCCCCGUGGCUUGGGGAGAGCAUCCUGUGAGAAAUAAACAUUUUCACAUA